CUCUACUCAAAAUUAGGAGAUACAUACCCUUUCAUUAUUAAAAGCUUAACACAAUUCACCACAUAUCAUAGCUAACAAGAGUAACAUCAAAAGUUAAAAACAUAAUCAUAGAAAGAAAUAGGAAUAGCCCAAUUUACUCAUCAAUGUAGUAAAUUAAUUUGGUAGCAUUCCUUAAAAAAUAGACAUCCCAUCCCAAUGUAUUUUCUAUUUGAAUUUACUAAUUAUUUUCCUUAAAUAAAAUGACCCCAUAAAUAAGUUGAAAAAGAAAAAACAAAACAAUAAAUAGUCCCACCAUAUUAUUCCUCUCUUAUUCUCUCUCUCUCCACCCCCCCUCCCCCCAUUCUCCAUUCCCUUCACUCUUGACUUCUUCUUCUUCCUUCUCUCAACUUCCCUCUCCAUUUUCUCAAUUCCUUAAACCCAUCAACAGUCUCACCCUUUAAAAUGCCCCCCUACCAUUAAUCCCCACAAUCCACCCUUCCAAUUACAAUGAUCACCGAUUUCCGGCGGAUUAUCUUCGCCGUUAUUACUACCAUAAUCUUUCUCGUUAUCCUUAGAUUAUUCCUAAAGCGAAAAAUUCGAACUUCUAAAUUCAAAAAAUGGUGCCGAUUAAUCUCAGAUAAGUUUCACGACCAUCAAUUUCUCAAAGUCCCGGAGUUUAACGAUAAUUACCAGGAAAACCAACUUUUCCGGCGAGUUUCUCUCUACCUUAAUUCCCUCGAAUCGUUGGAACACUCUGAUUAUACCAACCUCAUUUCCGGUUCUAAACCCACCGACAUCCUUCUCUCUCUUAACCCUAAUCAAAACAUUCUUGACGAAUUCCUCGGCGCUCGUCUUCUUUGGACAUACGACGUCGUUCCUUCCGACACCGCAGAAAAAUCGUUUCUCCUGAAGAUCAGAAAACGCGACAAACGCCGCGUUUUGCGACCUUAUCUCCAACACAUCCACACUGUCUCCGACGACAUCGACCACCGUGUGAGGGACAUUCGGUUGUACACAAACUCCUCUUCUGGAUGGAAAACGACGCCGUUUUCUCACCCGGCAACGUUCGAGACAGUUGCAAUGGAUCCCGAGUUGAAGAACAAAGUCAAAUCCGAUCUCGAAACAUUUCAGAAAUCGAAGCAGUAUUACCACCGACUUGGCCGCGUUUGGCGGCGGAGUUACCUUCUCUACGGACCUUCAGGAACAGGGAAAUCAAGCUUCGUCGCUGCGAUGGCGAAGAGUUUAUCAUACGACGUUUACGACCUUGAUAUCUCCAAAGUUUCAGGUGAUUCCGACCUUAAAUUCCUCCUCCUUCAAACCAGCCCAAGAUCAUUGAUUCUCGUCGAGGAUUUCGACAAAUACGUCGCCGGAAAAAACACCUCAUCGCCGUCGUCUUCGGCGGCGGUGACAAUUUCCGGCGUACUCAAUUUCAUGGACGGAGUGGUUAACUCCUGCUGCGAAGAACGGGUGAUGGUGUUCACCAUGACAACGAAGGAAGAUAUUGACCCGGCAAUACUACGGCCGGGUCGGGUUGAUGUUCAUAUUUAUUUCCCUUUAUGUGAUUUUAACAAUUUCAAGAAUUUGGCGAGUAAUUAUUUAGGAGUGAAAGAGCAUAAAUUGUUUUCUCAAGUGGAAGAGAUGUUCAACAAUGGAGUUACAAUGAGUCCGGCUGAAAUCGGUGAGUUAAUGAUGGUGAAUCGGAACUCGCCGAGUCGGGCGAUUAAAUCGGUUAUCAAUGCACUGCAAACGACGUCGUAUACUAACGGUGUAAUAGAGAGUUGCAAGGGUACGCCGAAGAAUGGGUAUAGGUCAGCAAGGGAAUCGGUGGAUGAGCCGUUUGACUCAGUUGCUGGAAUUGGGUGUAGAGAUGGCGUGAAAGAGAUCAGGAAAUUGUAUGGGUUUUUGACAAGAAAAAGUGGCAGAAAAUCUGAUUCGUUCGAUUUGGGUACGUGAUCAUCAACGGCUCAGGUUGAUUUUUUCUCUUUUUUUAUUUUAUUUUUGGGUUGUUUUGUAAAAAAAUGGUUUUAAAGAAAUAUGUUUAAUAAUAUUGGAAAAUUUUUUGGGCUACAAAAGUUAGGGGGAAAUAAAAGUUGGAUUGGAGAUUUGGAGGGGGGAAACAGGAAGUUGGAAGAACAUGGGAAAAAACUCAUGAUUCUCAAUUAUUCAAAUUGUUCAUAGUACUAUUAUUAUUAAAAUUUGUGGGACUGUAUAAUUAGUUUUAGAAGUUUAUGUUUAGUAUACUUUUAUUUUUUGUUAAUUGGGGGUUAAAGUUGAACCCUAUGAUAGAUUGAUAGAUUGGGGAUUGUAAAUGAUUAUUUUUUUUUUACUUUAAACAAGUAUAGAAAAGAAUUUCAGAUGUUGUAGAUUUUACA